UAGCGCUGACGUUGUCCAAAGGAGGAAAAUGGCGAUAGGUUGCUUGUCAAUGAGGGAGACCGAGACUUUUGCAACAUUAACCUGCAAAAGACGGCGUGCUACAAUGUUUCCCACAUUGUCUGGCGGGUUCAGCAAAAGCACUUUGUUUGUUUUAUCCGUGUCGUUAAUGUUGCAGGUUGUUUUAGGAAAUGGAAAGACUCUCGUUCUGGUGGACAAUCCCAACAUUAGAGACACUCAUUCAAUCUUCUUCCGCAGUUUAGCAGAUCGUGGGUUUGACCUUUCCUUCAAGACUGCUGAUGAUCCUGGUCUCUCUCUGAUAAAGUAUGGCCAGUUCCUCUACGACCAUCUCAUCAUUUUCUCUCCAUCAGUGGAAGAUUUUGGGGGCAACAUCAACGUAGAGACCAUUACGGCCUUUAUUGAUGGUGGAGGAAAUGUUCUUGUUGCUGCCAGCUCAGAUAUUGGUGACCCUCUGAGAGAGCUAGGUAGUGAAUGUGGGAUUGAAUUUGAUGAGGAGAAAACCGCUGUCAUUGACCACCAUAACUAUGAUGUUUCUGAUCCUGGCGAGCACACACUGAUUGUUGCAGAUCCAGAGAAUCUUCUUAAAGCCCCAACUAUAGUUGGCAAGCCCACUGAUAAACCAGUCCUGUUCAAAGGUGUUGGCAUGGUGGCUGACCCAGAUAACUCUCUGGUGCUGGACAUUCUGACAGGAUCCUCUACCUCUUACUCCUAUUUCCCUGAUCGUCCCAUCACACAGUAUCCUCAUGCCGUUGGAAAGAACACCCUCCUGAUUGCCGGUCUGCAGGCAAGAAACAAUGCGCGUGUGGUUUUCAGCGGGUCUUUGCACUUCUUCAGUGACGCUUUCUUCAACUCCCCCGUGCAGAAGGCUGCCCCUGGGUCAAAGAGAUAUGACCAGACUGGUAACCAGGCCCUGGCUGAGUCCCUGUCCCGCUGGGUGUUUAAGGAGGCUGGUGUUCUGAGGGUUGGGGAGGUUACCCAUCAUCCAGUUGGAGAGAGCACACCCCCUGCUGCCUAUACCAUCACUGACCUUGUGGAAUAUAGCAUUGUGAUUGAGAUGCUGUCUGGAGGAAAGUGGGUGCCCUUUGAUGGAGAUGACAUUCAGCUGGAAUUUGUCAGAAUUGAUCCAUUUGUUAGGACCUACCUCAAGAAAAAUGGUGGAAAAUACAGUGUACAGUUCAAGCUUCCAGAUGUAUAUGGAGUUUUCCAGUUCAAAGUUGACUACAAUAGACUUGGCUACACACACCUCUACUCCUCAACCCAGGUUUCUGUUCGUCCACUGCAGCACACCCAAUAUGAGCGCUUUAUCCCUUCUGCCUUUCCAUAUUAUGCCAGUGCAUUCUCUAUGAUGGCAGGACUCUUUGUCUUCAGUUUCGUCUUUCUGCAUAUGAGAGAAAAAGAGAAGUCGGAUUAAAAUGAGUACAAGAAAAUGAUGAAAAAAAGAUGAUAUGCUCCAGACCUCUAGCAGUCAUGAGAUCUGAAUUAUGUUGCUAUGGGCUCAUUUUGGUGAGUUGGAUGGUGUGCCAUUACGAAAAAACAAUUGUAAUUUGUUCUUUGAAAGGGGGGUUGGGUAAUCUGACAAAUGUGUUUUUUUUUCUGGUUUGCAAUUUGGUUAUUUAAAAUUAUUUUGGGGCAGUCUUCUUUUAUUUUUAUAAAAGGCAACUUGAAUUGGUUUUUAUUAUACAAUGUGCACUGAUGUUUCAGCUCUUGUUAUGAAAAGAUUGUUUUCAAAUCUACCAUUUGUAAAAAGAGGAAUGGAUGCUCAAAAUGUGGUUGAAACACCUGAAGGCAGUAAAGUUUUAACAUUCCACCACUACACUUUUUCUACUCUUUUCAGUUGCAUCACUUUUGAAAGUGCCUGAUUCUAUUCAUGAUAGUUUUAGGAGUUCUAAAUAGGUUUUACUGACUCAUCUCUAAAAUGUGGACUACACAGGCAAGUUUUUAUUCGUGACCAUUCUUAAAUACAUAGGAUAGUAUGAAUGUGUGACAAUAGAGUAUGCAAACAACACUGUAUACACAGUGUGCAUAAUCAUUUUUUGAAAUACUUCAAUUGAUACACUACUGUUCAAAUUUUUGGGGUUGACAAUUGGAGAUCUUUGUUUGUUUCUGUUGUACUCAGAAAGGCUGCAUUUGAUCAAAAAUAUGAGAAACAAUAUUUCUAUUUUAAAAUCUCAUUUUAUCCUGAGAAGGCAAAUCUAAAUUUUUAGCAGCUAUUCCAGUUUCAGUGGUUUCAGUGUUCUGGUUCGGUUUCACAUAAUCCUUCAGAAAUGUCUAUACAUGUUUUGAUUGUAAUACAGUUAAGGAUAUUAUAUUUGGCUUAAAAUAUAAAGCUUAAAAUAACUGCAUUUAUAUAUUAGAUCAUUAUUAUUAUUAUUUUUUACUUUUUGAAACCAAACGUUUGAGUUGUAGUGUACAUCAUUAACACCCUUGUUUGCAUUCUCUAUGGUGAUAACAUAAAUAUUUUGUUGCCCAAACUCGCCUUCACAUCAUUGUUUGCAAAAACAGUUCAAUUUUGUGUUAUCCGUAUAAUAAAAAAAAAAAAAAAAAAAAAAAAAAAA